AUGCCUGGGCCCACUGGCGGGGUCUUUCGCGGCCUCAGCUUCUUUGUGCACCAACAUCAUCGUCCGACUCACCACUUCGCAGCCGAUUGUGAUAUGAUCACAAGCAACGGUGGAACACUGGUGACCUCUCCCCUCCUCGCCGCCUAUGUCUUGGUGGACAUUCCCUUUGAACGCACCGCUCCCGAACAGCGCAAGUUCUACAUCCAUCAGCGUCGUUUAGACAGCAGCCUCAGCAACUGGGACCGCUGGUCUCGCGACUGGACCUGGACACUCGACGAGUUGAUGGGACUUGCUGCCGAUCAGCGACUGGUCUGUGCACCUGGCAAUACCGAUACCGACGAUCAAAGUGACGACGAGGACAAGAUUGUCGAAGACGACGACAACGAUGACGAUGAAGUCUCCGACAUUGCCGCUGUUGUAGAGGACGGCGAGAUCCUCCCAAUCUCCUGUACCCGCUCUUCCGUCGCCUCCAAGCUCGUCGUUCAGCGCUGCUGGCUGAAGGAGUGCAUUAAGGCUGGCCGCGUGCUCGACCAUGACUGCGGCUGGUAUGUCGAAUGCGUCGAGGGCUGGCAGUACCCUGAGUGGGACAAGCCUCGUCCAGAGGAGAACACAAUUGCUACCAGCGAAGACCAGAGCAGGUGGACUUGGGGUGUGCGCGUUGAUGAGUACGGCUUCGGCUUUGGCUGGAGGAAGGAGCCCGUAACACAGCCGACUCCCGCUUCGCCUCCUGCGCCGUCGCCACCUCGUCAGCGCGCCGGUACUCCUCCUUGGUGCGUUCCGCCUAUGCGGGUCAAUGCCAGCUCUCGUUCCGUCUCUACACCGAGCAAACCGACCUCGCGUGACCCCAAGACCUCGCCCUGGCGCUUCCGCGAACUCGAUGGGUACCGUGUUCCUUGGUCCGAGAGGGACUCGGCCUUCUCUCGAGCCCGCCGCGAAAAGCCACAAGACGACAUGCGUCCCGAUCUCCGAACCGGUCCCGACUUUGGUCGUCCCCGGUCUCCUGGGCGUCUGUUCCGCUCCGCUGCAUGGGAUGCCCAGAGACAGCCUUUGUCUGUGUCUGCUUUCCACAUGGGCCGCGCUCCAGAUUGUCAUCGCGCAGACCGAGAUUACAGCCGUGGAGGCGGCGUAUCAGGGGGAAGGAAGCAGUACAAGGUGAAGGGCAAGAGGAUCACCUCCUCUUCUAAGCCGAGUGCGUCCAGCACGCUUAAGAAGACUGCCCCGGCGAAGUCCAGUGUUUCCCAGAUCUUCUGCGCAGCUGAGCCACUUGUUUUCAUGGACUUCUCAGGGGCCCGAGACGGACUUGUGGCCAGGAUCAAGCGCCAUGGUGGACGAAUGGGCGAAUCGAAGGAGGCGGAUUAUGUCAUUCUCCGCACGCAGCCUGGCCAGACACGCAACUCGACGUUCCUUUCUGCAAUCCGAGGCGAGCGUCACCCUCGCAAACCCGGGUCAAGUGUCGUGGCCAAGGAGUGGAUCGACAAGUGCAUCAGUGCCGGCAAGCUGCUCGACUGCGGGCCAUACUUGGUCACUGCUGGACCUGAGCUACCCCGCGCCUCUGCCGUUCCGAUGACACCGAUGAUUGCGACGUCGCCACCUCCCGAGGCUCGCAAGCGUAUCCGCCCUGUGACUCCCGACCCACACUACCCGAAGGACUCGACUCCGCACCCUCCUACGCCUCCCGGAAGGCUGCCGCCAACGCCUCCCUCUGCUGUCGAGAACACUCUUGAAAGCACUUUGGCAUACGAUGACGGCCUUAUCAACCUCGACUACGACGACGGAGAGGAGAUGCUCAUCGAUCUGGACGUGCACCUCAAUAUCCCCAGUCACUACGAUUGGUCGAAGACGCCCCAGAUCGAGCUCCCGCCCACGGUCCUCAGCACGCACAUCGACGCAGUGCGCAUCCUCAUUUCUGAGCUCACCAUCUGGGAUGGCGAGGGCACCAAGGCAGAGUGCUUGAACCGCAUUAAGCAGAAGGGCCUGCUCGAGGCCGAGGAAUUGUACGGCACAUACCGUUCCGUCAUCAACGAGCGCGUCCCCGGACUGGACUACAGUAGCGGGACGAAGCGCACCCGCGUCUGA